AUGGCUUCCGGCGGCGAGACCGAAAAGGUCAACACUCACAUCAUCACCCUCACCCGCUUCCUCACAGAGGAGCAGGCCAAGCACAAGGAAGCCACCGGAGACUUUACGCUACUCUGCCAUGCCCUCCAAUUCUCCUUCAAGUCGAUCGCCUACUACAUCCGCCGCGCCACGCUCGUCAACCUGACCGGCCUCGCCGGGUCGUCCAACAUCACGGGCGACGAGCAGAAGAAGCUCGACGUCAUCUCCAACGACCUGUUCAUCGAGGCGAUGCGGUCCUGCGGCAAGGUGGCCCUGCUGGUGUCGGAGGAGGAGGACGAGAUCAUCUACUUCGGCGACGCCAAGGGCGCGCGGUACGCGGUGGCGUGCGACCCCAUCGACGGCUCCUCCAACCUGGACGCCGGCGUCUCGGUCGGCACCAUCUUCGCCAUCCACAAGCUGCCCGAGGGCUCCGAGGGCAGGAAGGAGGACAUCCUCAAGCCCGGCACCGAGCUGCUCGCCUCCGGCUUCACCAUGUACGGCGCCUCGGCCCAGCUCGUCAUGACGCUCAAGGGCGGCACCGUCAACGGCUUCACGCUCGACAAUGGCAUCGGCGAGUUCAUCCUCUCCCACCCGAACAUGCGCCUGCCCCGCUCGCGCGCCAUCUACUCCGUCAACGAGGGCAACUCGCUCUACUGGGAGGACAAGACCAACGCCUACUUCGACUCCCUCAAGAAGCCCCAGAGCGACGGCGGGAAGCCCUACAGCGCCCGCUACAUCGGCAGCAUGGCCGCGGACGCCUACCGUACCCUCCUCUACGGCGGCAUCUUCGCCUACCCCGCCGACAAGAAGAGCCCCAAGGGGAAGCUGCGUAUCCUGUACGAGUGUGCGCCCAUGGCCAUGAUCUUUGAGAAUGCCGGUGGUCAGGCCGUCGACAGCAACAUGAGGCGCAUGCUCGAAGUCACACCCGAGCACAUCCACGACCGUUCCGGCAUCUACAUGGGUAGCUAUGAUGAGAUCGAAAAGGUCAAGGCCCAUCACAAAUAA